AUGAGAUCCAUACAAAUAUUAUUAUUAAUAUUAUCUUUAUCGGUUUUAUUAACUCAAGCUGCCAAAUGUCCAAACGGAUGUAAUGACUUCAACGCAUGUACUACUGAUACAUGUGACAACAAGGGCAACUGCCAACAUGCUCCAAUAACUUGUAAUGACAACAACGCCUGUACUGAUGAUAGCUGUAGUGUCUUGUCUGGCUGCCAGUACACACCAAAGUGCUGUGACGACAAGAACCCAUGCACCUUUGACAGCUGUAGCAACUCGACCGGCUGUGUCUUCACGCCCAUCGCCUGCCCACCCGCUGACAAGUGCCACAUCGGAACUUGCUGUCCCGACAAUGGCAAGUGCCAGCAGAUCCCAAUCCUGUGUGACGACCACAACAGCUGCACUGAGGACUCGUGUUGUGCCGACACUGGCUGCGAGCACAAGCCAAUCAGCUGUGAUGAUUCCAACCCAUGCACUGUAGACUCGUGCUCCAACUCUACUGGCUGUGUCCACACUCCUGUCUCCUGCCCACCCUCUGACAAGUGCCACACUGCCUCGUGUAAUGGCAAGACUGGCAACUGUGACCAGACCCCAAUCAACUGUGACGACGGCAACUCAUGCACUGUAGACUCGUGUAACCCUGAGGGCGGCUGCACUCACACCCCAGUCACAUGCAAUGACAACAAUGCCUGCACCACCGACUCGUGCAACUGUGAGACCGGCUGCGUCAACACUCCAAUCGGCUGCGAUGACCGCAACCCUUGCACCAUCGACUCUUGCGACGUCACCUCGGGCUGCCAGCACUCCAACAAGACUUGCCAACCAAAGGACUCCUGUCACAUCGCGUCCUGCUGCCCAGACACUGGUGACUGCACCCAGACACCCAUCUCCUGUGACGACGGCAACUCGUGUACCACCGACUCUUGCGACUGCGAGACUGGCUGCAAGCACGUGGCAGUACAAUGCAACGACUACAAUGCCUGCACCAUCGACGCCUGCAACAACUCUACUGGCUGCUCCAACACAUACAUCGACUGCAAUGACUACAACGCCUGCACCACCGACUCUUGCAACCCAGAGUCUGGAUGUAACUACCAGAGUAUCAAGUGUGACGACUACAAUGCCUGUACAUCCGACUGGUGUGAUGCCGCCACUGGUUGUGGCUCAACGCCAAUCUCCUGUGACGACAACAACCCCUGCACUGUUGACUCGUGUGACAACUCCACCGGCUGUGGCCACACUCCAAAGGCCUGCCCACCAUGCGACAAGUGCCACACUUCUUCAUGCAAUGGCGAGACUGGUAGCUGUGACGAGACCCCAAUCAGCUGUGACGACCAUGAUGCCUGUACCAUUGACUCAUGUAACAAGGAGACUGGUUGCACCCAUACCCCAGUAACCUGUGACGACAGCAACGCAUGUACUGCCGACUACUGUGACUCGAGCUCAGGCUGCAAGGCCGAGCCAGUGAUCUGUAACGACUACAACCUAUGCACUGUUGACUCGUGCUCCAACACUACCGGCUGUGUCUACACUCCAGUGUCGUGCUCGCCAUCCGACGCCUGCCACACCGCCAGCUGCAACGCUCAGACCGGCAACUGCGACCAGACUGCCAUCAGCUGUGACGACUACAACGCAUGCACUGCUGACACCUGUGACAACCAGCUUGGUUGCAUCAACACACCAAUCGCCUGUGACGACUACAACGCAUGCACCUACGAUUCAUGUGGCAACUCAACUGGCUGCACCUACUCCAACGUCAACUGUGACGACUACAACGCAUGCACUUCAGACUGGUGCUCGCCAGCUCAGGGCUGCCAACACGAGUCCAUCAAGUGUGACGACUACAACGCAUGCACCAACGACUUCUGUGACUCAUCUGUGGGCUGUGUCACCUCGCCAGUGAGCUGCGACGAUAACAACCGCUGCACUGAGGACUCUUGCUCCGCUGAGACUGGUUGUGCACACACCCCCAAGGCUUGCCCACCAUGCGACAAGUGCCACACCGCAUCCUGCAAUGCUGACACUGGCAACUGUGACGAGACACCAAUCAGCUGUGAUGACCACAACGCAUGCACUGCCGAUCAGUGUGACAAGGAGACUGGUUGCACUCACACCGACAUCUCCUGUGACGACUACAAUGCCUGCACCAUCGACUCGUGCUCCCCAGACUCUGGCUGCAUUCACAUCCCAGUUACAUGUGAUGACUACAACCGUUGCACCGUUGACUCUUGCUCCAACACUUCUGGCUGUGUCUUCACCCCAACCUCUUGCCCACCAGUCGACGCCUGCCACACUGCCAGCUGCAACGCCGAGACUGGCAACUGUGACCAGACUCCAAUCAACUGUGACGACAACAACGCAUGCACUGAAGACUCUUGCGACUGCCACAAAGGAUGCCAGCACACUCCAAUCACCUGUAACGACUACACUGCAUGCACCACCGAUCAGUGUAACCCAGUAGUUGGAUGCACCUUCACUCCAAUCGGCUGUGAUGACAACAACCCUUGCACUGUAGACUCAUGCGACAACUCGACCGCCUGUAUCCACACCCCCAAGGCAUGCGAACCAUCCGACGCCUGCCAUACCGCCGCCUGCUGCGCAACCUCGGGCGACUGCACCCAAACUCCAAUCUCCUGUGAUGACCAAAAUGCCUGCACUGACGACCAAUGUGAUGCCCAGCUCGGCUGCAUCCACACACCACGCACCUGCUCAGGCGGCGACGCUUGUAACCUUGCUUCGUGUGCCAAUGACACUGGCUGCCACGUCGAGCCAGUGAGCUGCGAUGACCAUGACCGCUGCACUGUCGACACCUGUGAUGGAGUGACCGGCUGCAGCCACACACCAUUCAACUGUGACGACCACAACGCCUGUACCCUGGACAAGUGCGACUGCGAGCGCGGCUGCACUCACACACCAUUCAGCUGUGAUGACAACAACUCUUGCACCACCGACUCGUGCGACUGCGAGAAGGGCUGCAUCCACACACCAACAAGCUGCGACGACCACAACUCUUGCACAAUCGACUCGUGCAGCAACUCUACCGGCAGCUGCUCGCACACACCAGUGAACUGUGACGAUGGCAACGCAUGCACCAAGGACAGAUGUGACUGCGAGAAGGGCUGUGUCCACGAGCCAACACCAUGUGACGACCACAACAAGUGCACCAUCGACUCUUGCAACAACUCUACCGGCUCCUGCAUUCACACACCAAUGAGCUGCGAUGAUGGUAACGCCUGUACCAAGGACUCUUGCGACUGCGAGAAGGGCUGUAUCCACGAGGAGUUGUGCUGCGACGACUUUGACAAGUGUACCACCGACUCUUGUGACGCUUCCAAGGGAUGUGUCCACACCAACGUCACCUGUCCAGCACCAAAGGACAAGUGCAAGACCAGCUACUGUGACAAGGCCAAGGGCUGCACCACUCGCGACAUCUCCUGUGACGAUGGCAACCCCUGUACCGAGGACUCGUGCGACUGCGAGAAGGGCUGCAUCCACAAGCCACGCGAAUGCAAGCCAAAGGACUGCUGCCACACUGCCGUAUGUGAUGAGGCUGGUGGCUGCAAGCAGAUCCCCAAGCCAUGUGACGAUGGUGAUGCAUGCACUGAGGACUUCUGCCAGGUAACCCUCUUUGGCGCCAAGUGUAUGCACAAGCCCAAGGACUGCGGCGACUGCAGUGACAAGUGUAUGAGCUCCAGCUGCAAGAACGGAACGUGCUCCAACCAGCCAGUGAACUGUGAUGACAACAACCCCAGCACAUGCGACACUUGUGACAAGAACUUUGGUUGCCGCCACCGCAACUGUGACGACAAUGACAAGUGCACGAUCGACCGCUGCAAGGACAAUGGCAAGUGUCUCCACACCCCAGUCAACUGUAACGACAACGACCCCAAGACCUACGACUACUGCUGUCCCUUCACCGGUGUCUGCAAGCACAACAUAAUCGACUGCAAGGGCAAGUCAUGCUCCAAGCCAGACACUCCAGGUGGUGGUAGUGGCAACGAGAGUGGAAAUGAUUCUCAGUCCGACGACUAA